AUAUUUUUGGCAGCGCGAAUCUACUUUCAUGAUGAAAUUUACUUUUGAAGUUGAGUAGCGAACAUUCUCGAUGCCAUUUCGUGAAUCUUAAAGCAGGAAGAUUCAUGUAAUUUUUCCUACUGCAAACGAUUUUUCCAGUUGCGUUUCAGUAUUUUUAACCAUCGCCAUGUAUCCAGGGAGGAGAAGACAACCUGGACUUGGUAUUAUGCUUCUGCUCUAUCAAAUUUUUGGAGUGAUCGGGUAUGAAAAUAUUCCACCAGUGACAUUAGGCACUAUUGGACUUCAAGUAGCUAUUUUCUUGAGACUUCUCAAAUUUUGGUAUAAACCUUCACAUGUAUGUGUCAGUGCUUAUAAUGUAUGGACGAGGAGAGAAUAUUCUCGAUUGAUAUUUGCAGCAUUCGAACAUGCUGACGAUUGGCAUCUUUAUUAUAAUAUGGUAUCAUUUGCAAUCAAAGGGCGAUCGCUUGAGAGAAGAUUCGGCAGUGUCAAGUUUGCCUACAUUCUUGCAAUUUUCACAAUAUUGACGAAUGCUGUCUUAGUGGCAUUAAAUGUUUUAGCGAUUGAACAUUUGGGCGAUUACGACCAAUGUGCUGUUGGAUUUUCAGGUGUUAUAUUUGCUUUGAAAGUUCUGACUACUUAUUAUGAUUCGAAUUACUUGACUCAAGUAAUGGGUAUUCCCAUUAUUGUACCAGCAAGAUAUGCUGUAUGGGUUGAAUUAUUACUUAUACAACUCUUUGUACCUAAUGCAUCAUUCUAUGGACAUUUGGCUGGCAUUUUAGUUGGUAUGGCAUAUAUAAAAGGGCCAUUGAAGUGGAUAAUGGAUCUUGUGUACUCUAUAGCUAAAGGGAUACUUUUUCCCUCUAUGUCAACCCCAAGAUUUACACCAAGAGCGGAACCAUCGGGUUAUGCACGUGCAAGAGAACAAUAUAAUGAGUAUGUGCCUCCAGGUAUGAGUGAAGAAGAACAAGUUAGAAGAGCCAUGGAAGAAAGCUUGCGAGAAGAAUCAAGAUCUAAUGGCAUACCACCUUAUGAUUCAGCAUCUUUUUCUAGUGGUAUGCCCCCGCCUCCUCCUCCGGGUUUCAUAUUUGGUGAGACAUCUCAUAUGCCACCACCACCACCACCGGGCUUUUAUCCUGAUAUAAAUGAUUUACGAAGUCGAAGAGAAGCUCAUUUUACAAGAUUUUGAUUUUGCAUCAUUUAUUACAAAGGUCUAUUUUUGUGUAAACAUCUUGAAAUCAUAAAAUAUGUUAAAGUUCAGGUAUAAACUAUACUUAUGAUUUUUGCAACUAAAGUAAUUUCUCUUUUAAUAACUAAAGAUAUUUAUGGUUGUUUAUAUGAAGUUGUUUUGAAAUACUCCUUGUUUUUAAUUAUCUGUGAUAUAGUGAUUGGUAAAUUAUUUAAUACAUU